CCCCCCCCCCCCAUCUAAUUGUCUUCAUUUCUGUUUGGUUACCGGGGAAAGAAAAAAAACAGAAGUUUCUCUGUUCUGCAGACAGACUGUAAAUUUGGAAGACAAUAAAACCCAUUUUUGUAAGCAUACAGAAUGUAUAUCGAUUGGGAAAUUCCUUCCAUGGAUUACCAACCAUUGUUAGAUGAAGGACCGGGAGACUAACUGGGACUUCAAGACAAUCUGACUUUUGGAUUUACUAAAAUAUUGAGUGUUAUCCCAUUGACUGUGCUGGAAGUACUGAAUUAUAUCAGUAGCAAAUUGCAACACUUUUUUCAGGCAUUGAAGCUGAGAGAGCUUUUUAUUGCCUUGGAGUAGAACUUCUGAUUGAAAGUCGAAGUGUUGAAACCCAGGAUACUACCCUAAGGUUCACAAGCAAAGCAAGAAGCCAGAAAUAUAAUGGGAAACACAAUGCAAAAAUCCGAAGAAACAAAAGUAGAAGAACCAGGACUGGUGCGACAAGAAGAAGAUUCAAACUUUACUUGUGAAAUUUGCACCGAACCUAUGCUAGCAAUCAGGAAAUUCAAGAAUGGUAGCUUGUGUAAACAUCCUUUCUGUUUGGACUGCAUAGCCAAAUAUAUUGAAGUAACAGUUGAGGAAUCCACUGGCUGCAUUGAAUGCCCUGGGCUGAACUGCAAGCAACCUUUGGACCCUCUCUCAUGCAGGCGAAUCAUCUCGAAGCCAAUAUUUGAGAAAUGGUGUGAUCAUCUAUGUGAUUCUACGGUUUUAGGGUCUGAAAGUUGCUAUUGCCCAUACCGAGAUUGCUCCGUGUUGGUUUUGAAUGAGUGUAUGGAUAACCUGAAGAAGAUAAAAUGUCCUAACUGCAAGAAAAACUUCUGUUUUCUUUGCAAGAUUCCGUGGCAUGCAGGAUACCGGUGCAAUGAGAGCAGACAUCUAAGAGAUAGGAAUGACAUUCUGGUUGGUGAACUGAUUGAAGAGAAAAGGUGGACUAGAUGUUACAAUUGUGGUCACUCGGUUGAGCGAGUUAGUGGUUGCAGGGAUAUAAAAUGCAAAUGUGGGGUUCAGUUUUGCCAUCAAUGUGGAGGGCCAUUCCAUUUCGGUCCUUGUAAGCACAAGUGCUGUGGAAAUGUUCUUUGCAAUAUAUUUAUUUUUAUGAUGUUACUGGCUUUCUGCUACUUCGUAUAUUUUGAAGUACAUUCAGUCCCAUCAAGAAAAGGGUAGACUCACAGUUGCACUGACCAUGUCAAGAUAAAUUUUCGAGCGUGAUGUUUAAGAAAUAUGUUGUAACUUGUUUAAAAAAGUUUGUGAAUGAUGUUCUUCUAGUACACAAAAAUAAUAUACUAGUUUGUUCAAUGGUUAGGUUAGAACUUAACAGGGGUUAGUUUUGUUCUAUCCUUGAACCUUUUUCUACUUGGCAGAUGAACAACCUUGAAAUUCUGGACAUGUUCAUCAGUUAUUUUUACAGGGAAAGUUCUGAUUUGUUGA